GACUUAGCGUCUUGACAACAACAACAAUAACAACAAAACAACACUUCACUCUGUGAAUUGUUACGUUACUCUGCAGUUACACAAUAUUACGCCCUCAAAUCGCUUGCAAAUACCACGCAAUCAUAUACGGAUAGAUUUCGGCACAAGAUGCAAGGUGGAGCUAUGGAGAACGAUCUGCAGUGUGAUCCGUUACCGAACGGGUCGCUGCUGGUGGGCGCCACUCCACGAUUUAAACCCUGCAGGUGCUGCACAUUUGACCCCAACGACUGGCCCCAAAGUGACGCCAAAGUCAAAAUACGUUCGUGCAUGACGACCUGUCCAUAUUGCGGGGUUAGGUUUGGCAAGGUAUCGCAUCUGCGGAAACAUAUCAGGGUCUCAGCGCUGCAUGGGCCACAACGACUUACAGUUGUGGCUACGAGGGUUAGGAACCUCUACCAGGCCGCCUACGAUUCUUCGGUGCGCCUCUUUAGGCCAUGUCAAUGCUGCGUGCUUGACCCUGAUGACUGGCCUCAGAGUAAUGCUGAAAUUGUCAUUCGCCCAUGCAUGACGGCCUGUCCAUAUGACGGGCAUGUAUUCCAGAGCUCUUGCAAGCUCCGAAGACAUAUUGCAGAGUUCCAGGCGCAUAAAGCGCGGAAUCUCACAGCCAGGGCUAUGGUCGGUCGGGAUAGGAAGCGUCCCAGCACGGCAGUGGCGCAGAACGAGGCCCACAACGCUAGCAACCAAGGAUCUCCUCUGGACGAAGACUCCGCAGACUCUGGGGAUGAUAGUGGCAAUGACGGCGACUUUGUCGAGAACAUCCUCCCGGGUCUUUCAGCUGCAUCGCAGAACAAUUCCCACGAAACUGGCAACCAAACGUACCCCAGGAGUCAAAGCCCCCUUCUAUCUAUCCAGGGCAAAAACGACCAUGUUCACCUCACCGGUAGCCUAAGUUCAAGCUUCUCCUCAACCGCAGUACAGAACGGCGCGCUCGACACUGUGAAGGAAGAAUCUCCCAUCAAGCACAUAUCCUCCAUAGGACGAGGAAAACCCACUUUGCAGGAAAAAAUUAUGGGUACUUUGACUUGAAUUGUCUCAAAAUCUGCGCACGAUUUCAUAUCUCUUAUAUUUUUGUAUAAGCCAAGUUCCAAGGCCACUGCUGAACACCCUGAACCUGUCCUACCAAAAAAUCACGUCUGCUUCCAUUCAACCCAGACAGGGUGCUCAAAACUAUACUAAAGCCCCUCGCUCAAUUAACCAUUCCGCAAGCUGGUGACAUGAAGGUGGGUUCUUGUCUGCAAGACGAGGUACUAAAAUCGCCUGUGACUCUAGUGUUAGCAGAGGCUCUUACGUCGCUGCAUAAUCUGAUUAAAGAGGAUGCUCGUACGCUUGAUGGGAUGAGUACACAGCGCCAGCAAAGGCGUGUACAGAAGCUUGCCAAUGCCGCCCAAAUAUCCUUUGCCGAAAAUGCCCUUCUUCGGGAUUAAAAUCAAAUCUUGACCACAAUAAGCAACGAAGUCAAAGUUCGCAGAUCGGUCAGGUCAAUAGUACUGGGGAAGGCCAAGGUGAUGAGCUAUGGGGACAUCGAGGAGGCACGAGCAAAGCGUGCAGCGAAAGAGAUAAUAAGGGGCAAGGGAAAACGUGGCCAGAAGCGUAAGAGUGCUGCACUAGAGGCAGGUAAGCCAGAGCUAGAACUAGAGCCAGAGCCAGAAGUGGAGAGUUCUGCGAAAGAGGCCAUAAAGAGCAAGGGAAAAAGUGGUCGGAAGUGUAAGAGUGCUGCGCUGGAACAAGAGCCAGAGCCAGAACUGGCGCGGAUGACGGCACUAGUGGCGCGGAUGAUCUAAGCGCAGGUUGAAAUGACAGUUCGUUGCAAAACAAUCAGG